AUGUUUAGCAGUCAAAGUAUGUAAGAGCAUAUUUUGUAUCGUUUUCUUAUAAAACUAUUUUAUCUAUAUGACGAAAUCUAUUAAUACCUAUCGAUUAAAUCAGAAACUGCCAACCCUCCUGCAAUUCUUAUACCUGAUACUGUUAUUUUUAUUCCUUAAUGCCCUUCUACUCGUAUUACACUGAUAAAGAAACCGGGGAAAUAAAAAAGAAAAUGAGAAAGAAUGUAACU